AUGUCAUGUACAUGUAGAAGGUGGGAAUUGAAUGGGAUUCCAUGCAGGCAUGCCAUAGCUACAAUACAUGAAAUGGCUGAUAGUGGAGACAAAGUUGGGGAGCUUUACACUUAUGUCAACAAAGUGUAUUGGCUUCAAACAUGGAAUGAAGCUUACUCUUACACUGUGGACCCUAUAAAGGGUAGAGCCAUGUGGCCAAAAAGUACUUGUCCAUUUCAAUUAACACCACCACCACAUCACAAUCAACCUGGGAGACCUAAGACCAAGAGAAAGAGAAGUGCAGAUGAAAAAUAUGAUAAACAAAUGCAAAAUCAUGGUGCAGGUGAACCUGAAAAACUUACCAGAAAGUUUGUUAGUGUCAGGUGUGGGAAAUGCAACAAUAGGGGUCAUAACUCAAGGACGUGCAAGGGUCAAGGUGGGAAUGCAGGAAGCAAUGAAGGAGGGAAUGCAGGAAGCAGUCAAGGAGGGAAUGCAUGA